GCUGAGGAGGGGGAGAUUAACCUGACUGUGAGAGUUGUACUUUAAAACAGCACAGCAGGCAGAGCACUCACUCACACCCAACUGGGAAAGCAGAACUCAUAGACUAAGAAGACUCAACUGCAACACAGGAGGGUGCUGGUGGCUGUUUGUGGAGCUGCCUGGGAUUUUUAGAAGUUGUCUACUAAAAUAAGAAUAUCUCAUUGAAGUGCAACCAACUGAGAACCCCAGACAUCUGAGAGAGUAAGUGAAGACAGCAGCACUAGCAGAGCAUUGGACUGGGCAAGAUGGACACUGGCCCAGCAUUGGCACUGGUAGGUGAGGGUCCUCCAGAAGGUGAGACUGUAUGUGCAGCCUUGGCACGUUAUGAGACCACACUGCAUGAUGCUGUGCGUGAGAUCCACGUGGAUGUCAGUGCAUUCAAGCUGGGUGUGGAGAGGCGCCUGGAAGAAGCGCUGCACAUGAGUGGCCCGCUCGGCCGAGCCGUGGCCCAGUUGCAGCAGGAGAACCGGCAGCUCCGUAGCCAGCUGGAGGCCCUUACUCGCCAGGUGGAGAUGCUGACGGGCACGGUGUGCGACAGGAGUGCUCUUCUGGGGUCGGGAUCGAUGCCAACCCGUCCCCAAAGUAUCACAACAGUAUCCCAGUCACCACUUUCACCCAGCAAUGCAACGACCCCCAGUGGCUCUGCCUCCAGCCCCAUUGCCACACGCUUUUCCAGCAGAGCUACCUUCUCUGUCAGCAGCAAGAAUAACAGUAUUGAGCGGGAAGAACCCAUUGAGGUGGAUCCAUCUCCAGCCCCCUUUAAAUUGGCAAAUGGACACACAUCCACAGCAGAAAACUCGACUGUGCCUACAAGAGAGAUUUCUCCAACCACUGUUGUGUCACAACAAAACUCUUCACCUCUAUCUAUGGCAAUGCCGCAUUUGCCAAUCACUGCCACUACCAAGAUAGCUGACUCUUCUGGCUUGAAGAGCCCUGAAUCACCAAGCAGCCCAAUGCAGACACUGCCAUCUGUAACAGAUACACAGCCCAAUAGCAACCCAGGUUCCAGUAAUAGCGAGCCACAACCUGAAUCUCCAGUUCAUGCAGUGUCUUCUGUAAAAACAUGGACUCCGGGUCCAGUAAGGACAAUGGGUUAUUCAAGUAUCAACGAGAAAAUGUCUUCUUCUGUGCCCUCUAAAUCGGUGGUUUAUUCAGGUUACUCUCCUCUCAACCAGCACCUCACAGAAAGGAAUGCAGAUAUUGCAGGAGAGCUGUCCUUUGGUAGGGGCAUGGAGCGCAAGCGUGAGCUCGUGAGGUCUCAAACUCUCCCCCGCAGCAUCGGAGCCCAGGCACGCAGGUCAAUUUUUGAGCGACUGGAUUCUGAGAACAGUCAACCCAAGCCUGUGGACUCUAAGCCCAAGCUGAAGCGCUCUCAGAGCUUUGGUGUGUCCAGUGCAAGCAGCAUCAAACAGAUUCUUUUAGAGUGGUGUCGCUCCAAAACUAUUGGGUAUCAGAACAUCGACAUCCAGAACUUUUCCUCUAGCUGGAGUGAUGGCAUGGCUUUCUGUGCCUUAGUGCACUCGUUCUUCCCCACUGAGUUCGAUUACAACACCCUCUCCCCUACAGAACGCAAACACAACUUCGAGCUGGCUUUCAGCACUGCAGAGAAGAAGGCUGGUUGUGACCGACUCAUUGAAGUGGAGGACAUGAUGGUGAUGGGCAGAAAACCUGACCCCAUGUGUGUCUUCACCUACGUCCAGUCUCUCUAUAACCACCUGCGCAAGUUUGAGUGAACCAUCUUUUAUCAUGUUUGAGACUUUGUGUCCUGAACCUAACUGCCAGAAGUGCUACACUGCCCCCUGUUGGACUGGAUGUGACUCAGCAUCAGUAAAAGAUGAAAAAUGAGAGGAUGAGGAGGGAUGCCUGUGUGACAUGCUCUCCUUUAAAAUGCCUCAUGUUUUGUGGUUAUGCUUUUAUCAGGAAAGGCCCAGAAAGCCUAUUUAUUUCCUUUUUUGUGUAUCUGCUAGUGAUAUUUCAGUACAAUGAACGUGGAUGCCGGUUUAAUGCGUCAAUGUAUUCAUACACAAGGCAAAGAAUUUGAAGGAAUUAAACUUGACAAUGCCAGACUGCAAAGACAAACUUUUUCACAACUCAGAGAUAGACAUGUACAGAAAAGCAUACAAUAUAUUCUAAGAAUUUAGACCACUUUUUUAUUUGCGUUUUAUUUAUCUUUAAUAAAAGCAUGGUUUCAAAUGUAGGUUUUCCGUAUUUUUGUCUAGUAUACAUGUCGGAAAACUUCACAAUUCUUGCCAAAGUCUUUACACCAAGAACAUCCAAGUGUGUUUUUGCUUCCAACACAACUGCCACCUGUUACAUGCUGUAGGUUUUGGUGAGAAUAAAGCUGGAUUCGUAGCAGUGGAUAUGACUUAGUAUAUGUUACACUUUUCAUCUUUUCAGCACGUUUCUUUCUGCAGUAUGCUUUUAUUUUCAGGUGCAAACAAGUCCACAUUUAAACUUCGUGGAGUUUGAUUUAUAUUAAAGAAUGCUCAGAUUGAA